AUCAGAUGAUUCAAAAUGUCAUAAAAUAUGGCAUUUUUGGUAGUAUCAGAAUUAUAUUCCACGAUUUUGUAUUUUUACAAAUGUUUAAAUUAUUAUACAUGACAGAAAUGUAUGGAUAGAGCAGUUAUAUUGUCUAGAAUAUUCUAAAUUUGUUGUGAGCAUGAUUUUCUUCUAUUGUUGUUGAAAUAUUUGUCUCACUAUGGCAAGUAUCACAAAGUUUGUUCGAAAGAUCCAUUUCAAAACUCCGGAGAAGGAAAAACAACACUUUGCAAGAAAACUAGUUGGGUUUUCUUCUGAGGAAAUGUUCAAUGUUGUCGCAGAUGUUAAAAAUUAUGACAAGUUCGUACCUUUCUGUACUAAAUCCACUGUACAUUCGGAAAGUACAAAUAAUCUCAGGGCUACCUUAGAAAUAGGUUUUCCUCCAAUUAUCGAGAGCUAUACUUCAAAUGUUACUCUAAUAAGACCGAAACUUGUACGUGCAGUGUGUAGCGAGGGAAGAUUAUUUCAUUAUCUGGAGAAUACUUGGAGAUUUUCCUCAGGCCUGAAGAGUAAUCCAAGGAGUUGUAUCAUAGAUUUUUAUAUUUGUUUUAGGUUCAAAUCAUUGAUUCAUUCUCAAAUUGCUUUGUUUUUCUUCGAUAAUUUAGUCAGUAAAAUGGAGAAAGCAUUCAUUGAAGAAGCUGGAAAACGGUAUGGCCAAGCAACAGUACCUAUCUAUCCAUUGGAAGUAGUUAAGACCUAACUAUUAUCUUUUAUUGUGAUAAAAUGUCGAGAUAUGUAAUAUUUUAUUUUUGACAUUGUAUUUGAGUUUAUUAAAAUUAUUUAAGAUACA